AUGGAAGAAGCCUUCUUAUUGGUUCUUUUUCUGUGCUUGCUUCUCUUCUUUACUACAAGAACUUUGGCACUAAACACUAUAACUCCGGGGCAGUCCAUAAAAGAUGGUGAAACUCUUUUGUCAGCUGGUGGAAACUUUGAACUGGGAUUUUUCAGUCCUGGGAAUUCUAAGAGGUAUGUGGGAAUUUGGUACAAGAAAGUGUCAACUGGGACUGUUGUAUGGGUUGUCAUACUCAAUAGGGAAACUUCAGUUUCUGAUGCCUCUGGAGUUUUAAGUAUCAAUGACGAUGGAAUUCUUUCAAUUAUGAAUGGCACCAAAGGCAUUGUUUGCGAUAAUUCUACUUCCCGGACAACAAAGGAGCCAAUUGCACAACUCCUGGAUUCGGGAAAUUUCGUAGUGAAAGACCGAAAUGAUAAUGAUCCGACAAAAUUUCUUUGGCAGAGUUUUGAUUAUCCUUACGGUAAAAACUUUGUCACCGGUUUUGACUGGCAUAUAUCAUCUUUGAAAAGCGUAGAAGAUCCUGCUACAGGCCUAUAUUCUUUCAGGAUCGAGCCACAGGGGUUACCACAGCUUGUUCUUAAGAAGGGUUGCAGUAUCGACAAAUCUCCUUCAUGUAAAUGCUUGGAAGGGUUCAUGGGCAGAUUAGCAUCUCCUGGGGAUUUGGGUUCGGUAGAUUGGUCAAAAGGAUGUACUCGAAGAACACCAUUGGCCUGUGAUGGUAGAGAUAGCUUUCUCAAGCAAACCAGACUGAAGAUUCUGGACACUUCCAAAUCUUGGUCAGACAUUAGCAUCAAUCUUAAGGGCUAUCAUAUUCGAAGCAAAGGAAAGCUAAAAGAAAAGCAGAAGGCAGCAAUCAUAGCUAGCACUGUCAUAAUAGCCAGCAGAAUGACAAUACUAGCAUCGGUGUUGUAUGUCCGGAAGAUGAAGCUCAAAAACACGGGUGAAGAAGAUUUAGAGUUGCCUGUAUUCGAUUUUGCAACCAUAUCUACGACAACGAAUAACUUCUCAAGCGACAACAAGCUGGGCCAAGGUGGAUUCGGUCCUAUUUAUAGGGGCACAUUGAUUGAGGGGCAAGAAAUAGCAGUGAAGAGACUUUCAAAGAAUUCGGGACAAGGAAUCGAAGAGUUCAAAAAUGAAGUAACAUUGAUUGCUAAACUUCAGCACCGCAAUUUUGUAAAGCUUUUUGGUUGCUGCAUUAGGAAAGCUGAGAGGAUGCUAAUUUAUGAGUAUAUGCCUAACAAAAGUUUAGACUACUUUAUUUUCAAUCAAACAAGAAGAAAACUACUUGACUGGCGUAUCCGAAUGCAUAUUAUUGAUGGAAUUGCUAGAGGGGUUCUUUAUCUUCCUGACUCUAGAUUGAAGAUUAUCCAUAGAUAUCUCAAAGCAAGCAAUAUUUUACUAGAUAAUGAAAUGAACCCAAAGAUUUCAGACUUCGGCUUGGCUCGGAAGUUCGGAGUAGAUCAGAUUCAGGCUAAAACUAAAAGAGUGGUUGGGACAUACGGUUACAUGUCACUUGAAUAUGCCUUAGACGGGCUUUUUUCAAUGAAAUCUGAUGUCUUUAGCUUCGGGGUUUUGGUUCUGGAGAUAAUAUCAGGAAAGAAAAACAGGGGAUUUUCCCAUCCGGACCAUGAUCAUAAUCUUUUUAGACAUGCAUGGAGAUUAUGGGCUGAAAAAAGGCCAUUAGAACAAAUCGAUAAAGCAUUGGGCGAUUCAUACGAUGCAACCCAAGUUUUAAGAUGCAUCAAUGUAGCUCUCCUAUGUGUGCAACAAAGUCCUUCAGAUAGACCAAACAUGUCAUUAGUAUUGCUCAUGUUGUGUGGUGAGAGUAUAUUACCCCAACCGGAGUAGCCUGAGUUUUUCAUUCAAAGAAAUCUGCCCAUAGCUGACUCUAUAUCAGUAGAAAAUGAAAUGUACUUGAUAAAUGAAUCUUAUACUACAUCAUUAAAGCCACGAUAA